UUCUUAAAUAAACAUACUGUUUAAUCGUAAUACAUUAUAUUGUUACAUGAACAUACUAAUGUGUUUGUAUAUAAGAUAAAGAUUCUAUUCAGAAAAACAUGAAACCAUUUAUCAUUAAGUUAACUUUUAUUUUUUCUGCUAUGAAUCUAAUAAUAAGUAACACGUUCGCGUUGGUUUUUAUAGCUCUGAUUUUUGUCCAAGCACGAUGUGAAUCAUCGUAUGACUUUUUAAAACACAAAAAUGAUUUAAUUCAAUGUUUGAUUAAAGCAGAUGUACAUUAUUAUAUUAUAAAUUAUGCAAUACCUGUUGUAGAUGAUUCACGUACACCAACUUUUAAGAGCGAUUUUAAUAAUAAUUUUAAUAAAUGGGAAAGUGAAAUUUAUAAUUACGACGAACAUAAAUCUGUAACGAAAAAUAUAUUCAAAAGGCAUUUUGUUGAUUCUAUUUGUCCAGAAAUUGUAAACGGUAAACCAUCCCAAGUUGAUGACUUAAAUAUUUGUGAUCAGUUAAUUACUGAAUGUUGUGACAAGUUUAUAGAGAAUCAAAGAGAUCCAUUAUUAGAACGUCAAAAUCAUGUAACUCAAAUGCUCAAUUCUAUAAGAAAAAAUUUUAGCAACAUAAGUAUUUCUAGUUCAAGAAUAUUUAAAGGAUAGUUUGGAAAAUAAGAGAAGCUCAUUUUUUAAGUAAUAAUCGAAAUUUUUAUGGAAAUAAAUUAUAUAAAAUGUAACUUUUACAUUUUUGUUGUAUAUUAAAUUAUAUAAAAUAUUCUAAAGUUUAAUUGAAAAUUAUUAGUAGCAAAGGGGAAAAAUUUAAAGUAUACAUUAUCAUUAUUAAAAUCACAAAACAAUAUAACACUAGAUUUUUUAUUAAUUUAUUUAUAUUCUAUUUUACAUAAUAUUUUUGAUUCUGAAAAAUAAAAUUUAUUUUUUGUUAAUUUACUCUUUAAGGGUGACCGUUAUCAGAAUCUAUUAAAUUUCCUGUUAAUUUUUGUCACGAUCAUGUUAAUAUUUUAUUAAGUUUUUAAUAGUCCCAAGGUUAAAUAGACAACGAUUCCUUUUCAAAUAUAGUACCAAUGCGUAAUAAUACGAUCGUGUUAAAUACUUAGAUACUUCCACUAGUCAAAAACUAAAAAACAAAUAAAAAGUAUUACAAUAACCAGAUAAGUUCUAUAUAAGUUAUACUAGAGGUAAUAGUGAAAAUAGAUUGUUUACAAUAGUAAAAGGUUAAAUAAAACGGAAGCUGAUUCACUGACACUUAAGCAAAAAAAAUUAAUAUAAUAAUUAUGUAUUAUUAAGUUUUGAAUUUGCUCUUUCUUUCAUUUAUUAAAUUCAUAAUUUAUAUAAAGUUAAAACUGUGUUUCGAUUUUUUGUAUAGUUAUUUAAAUAUAAAUAAAAUAAACCAUUUUAAAC